UGGGCUUCUUCGUCUCCAUAGCAACAAGAUAGCUUUAUCUCUCUCUCUCUCUCUCUUUCUCUCUCUCUCUCACAACCAUUUCUCUGUAUUUUUUUUCAAAGUUUACUAUACUAAUAUUUCUUUGUUAUAAUAAUAUUUCUACCUGCAUUCCCAAAACCCAUUUGAACAAACACUCCAGUCUCCAGUGCCACCAGAAAGUUCAAUUUUUUUGUCACAAAAAAAAAAAAAGAACAAAAAGACAGCAACCCAGGUCAGUAAAUAGUAACUGAAGUUUACUAUACAUACAAACAAAUGAAUCUUGAUCAAGACGCAGUAAGCUUUUCGUCUUCGAGUGCGGUCGCCGAUCAUCCUCUACCACUGGAGAGGCUCUAUGACCAAGGCCCUCCUCCAUUUCUCACCAAAACUUAUGACAUCGUUGACGACCCAUCAACCAAUCACAUAGUUUCAUGGAGUAGAGACAACAACAGCUUUGUUGUUUUGGAUCCCAAUAGCUUUGCGAUGAGUCUUCUCCCCAGAUAUUUCAAGCAUAACAACUUCUCCAGCUUUGUCAGGCAGCUCAACACCUAUGGAUUUAGGAAGGUUGAUACAGAUAGAUGGGAGUUUGCUAAUGAAGCGUUUCUCAGAGGGAAAAAGCAUCUUUUAAAGAAUAUCAGGAGGAGGAAGGCAUCCCAUCUCCCUCAGUCUUCACAAAAAACUUUGGACUCUUGUGUUGAAGUUGGAAGGUUUGGAUUGGACAUAGAGAUCGAUCAGUUGAGGCGCGAUAAACAGGUACUAAUGGGGGAACUAGUGAAGCUUAGACAGCAACAGCAAGCUACUAGAGUUUACAUCCAAGGAAUGGAAGACAGACUGAAGAGGACAGAAAUGAAACAGCAACAUAUGUUGAGUUUCUUGGCAAAGGCAAUGCAGAAUCCCAACUUUGUACAACAAUUGUCGCAGCAGAAGGACUUUAGGAAAGAACUUGAGGAAGUGAUUACUAAGAAGAGAAGGCGGACUAUUGAGCAAGGCCCUAGUAAUGUUGAGGUGGAUGAAUUAGGCCAAGUAGGAGGAGAGACUUUUGUUAAAGUUGAACCGCAAGAAUAUGGUAAUAUUUCUAAUCAGUUUGAAGUUUUGGAGUUGGACCAAUUUGCUAUGGAUAUGCUGGGUGUAAGCGCAAUCCAAAACGUCCAUGGUGAGGAAGAAUGUACAGAGAAAGAAGAGGAACAUGAGAGUAGAGGCAAAGAGCUGGAUAAGGGGUUUUGGCAAGACUUGUUCAAUGAGAGUAUUGAUGAAGAAAUUGGUUUGCUUGGUGUUCAAGAAGAAGAUGAGGAAGAUGUCGAUGUGUUAAUUGAGGAGCUUGGUUUCUUGGCUCCCAGUCCCAACUAAAGAAGGCGAUGAGCUUCUUAUAUAUACAUACUUUCUUCAAGGAUUUGGGUUUGAGACCCUCAUCAUUCAAGAAAUCUUAAGGUUCCUUGCUCGUUUCUAAGUUGGCAUUGACGAGUGAAGGUGAACAACACACGAAUACUGAGAAGCUAUACUGUUCCACUGCAAACAGCUCCCUGUGGUUAGGUUCCUUUUCGGAUCUCUUGAAUUUCCUGGUUGUCUUGUAUCACCGCUUUUCAUUCAUUUCUCGUCUACAAUCUGAUUCUAAUAUUCCAGCUAGUGUUUGAAAACCAAAGGUAUCUAUUUCUCCUGAUCAAUCAUUGAUCUUGACACUCAUGACCCUAGAAAUUCAGUUUUUCAUGGAAUCCUUAACAAUGUCAUGUGUG